AUGUCCAAUAAGCUGCCUUUAGAUUCGAACUUUGAUCUUGAACAACAAUUUAUUUUAAGGUUACCAGAAUCUGCGGCCUUACUAAUGUCCCAAGACAUAGAUUCUGGGGCUCCCUUUAAGGACAAUCUUACCAUUGAGAUGAAACCAGAUAUGCGGCAUUCAAUUGUUCGAUAUCGAGGUCAGGUUUAUGAUGGCCUUAUAGUCGAUUUGCCUUGUAUUAUCGAAUCUGUUAAAACCACGGAUCGAAAGAACUUUUAUAAAAUAGCUGAUAUUUGUCAGAUGAUGAUGUGCACACAAGGCCAAGGAGACGGAGCCAUUCGUGGAUCAGCAGCAUAUCUUGACGCAAAGUCUGGUUCAAAAUAUGUUCCUAAGUAA